GGAAAGCAAGCCCGAAUGGCGUCGCUAUGAUUAUAUGUUGGUUGCUUUCCGUAAAGCCGCUGAAAAGGCCAUGGAUUCCGAGGCGAAGAGUAAGAGGGUGGUGGCCAAGUUGCAAGAAGCUGAGGUGGAGAAUGAAGUUUGUGAGGAGGAGUGCCUAGGCGAUAGGCCUAUGUCAAUCGACAUAGUAGAUGAAAUCAUAAGUUCCGAAGAGAAAAAAAUACCCGUGGGUGAUCCGAUUAAACGUCGUCGGAAAGGGCGGCCACCGGUAAAUAGGAAACAACCAAGAAUUGAAAAAAUUAUUCGAAAGAUAAAGCAAUCAAGCAAGAAUGGCAAAGCUAGUCGAGGCAAUGCGAAGAGCAUGACGUAUAAUCCAAAUGUUCACACUAUGGAACUCAACGAGGUUAUCAUGCAAGGGAGCAUAAAUUGUAGUGCAAGUAUCCCUAUGUUUUUUUUUAUCUUGUCAUUCUAAAAUUUCACAUGUUACGUACUUGACAAUUGAUUUUUAAUUUCAGACAUCCCAAUUGGUUGGACCGCACGGUGGAAUGUGGAGCUAUGACCUUGACAAGGCUUCAACCGAUUUAUAAUGGAAGACUUGUUCUUUUUUGUACUUUUGGCAAAUGGCAAUACAUAUAUUCUCUUAGCUUAUAUAUGUAGAAAGGGCACCCUUAUGGCAGCAUUAAUUGUGAGUUUCAUGGUUUAGUUCCACCUGAAACAAAAAAAUUUAUUUUGAGGGUAGUGACUUGUGAGAUCAAUUAGUCUCUCUCAACCGUCUGAGUAACUUUGAUGAUCAAUUGAAAUGUGGCUUUUUGUGCUUUUGUGUUGUAUCGGUAGCCUAAUUGCCAUUUACUCUCUCAGUUUGUUCAAUGUGAUGCUCAAUGAAAAUGUGAAUUUGGCUUUUAUUUUGUAUGAGUAGCCUAUUAGUUACAGUUUACUCUCUUUGU